ACUAUUUUUAGGUUUACGAAUGACAGUUUUAGAAGAGUUUAUUUCCCCUUGGUGGCUGGGACCACAAUUGUUUCCGGCAGGACGUUUCUAUGCUACAGUGAAUGCAUUUCAGAAUAUAGCAACGAGUUAAAAUAUGAGUGUCAGAGAUCGAGUGUGACCUACGUAAUCUUUGGAUUUGGUUGAAAUAUUCGAAGCAGAACGAUAUGUUGCAGAGGAGGGUUGUAGCAGACGACAUAUGAAAGUGUUUUUGAUACAUCUAAACGAAACAAACAUUCGAAAAUGCCGGUUGAGUUCGGAACCGCGAAAACUGUCUUUAUAUUGGCUAUAGUGGUGGGCUGUUUUGCAGUCUUAUGGCCAAAAUUAUUUUAUCCAAUGUUGCAAUCUUCCAUCAGCAAUCGAGCACCGCUUGAUCAAUCUCAAGCUUGCUGCGAUGUGAUUUUUGAAACUGAUAUCAAUGCCAUAAAAAUAAUGAUGGAGAUGUGUGGCAACAUUUUACACCACCACAGUGAAUUAAAUCCAAAGAUUAAUGCAGCUUUCUUGCAAGGAAAAUGGUCAAAAGAAAUGGUCAAUACUUGUAGGUCUGAUGUCUUAGAAAAAUGUGGUGUCGACAUAACAGCCUUUUUAAAUGAAAGGGUUAGACUUGGUCACAGUUACAAACAGAUGUUGGAUGGCAUAAGAUCAUUCAAUAUAUCAGUUUGCCUGAAAACAAAUUUUGGUGUCCCGCCUUCUUUAAUAGGGGCACCUAGAAGAAUGAGGAUACUCAGUGCACCACGACCCAUACGUCAAGAGCGACCACCCCAUCUGCGGCCUGAUAUGUUGCAUCCAGCUCUCAGGGAACGUGGACGAGCUAUUCCACAGUCCCACAUUGUUCCUAGGAUUGUUGAAAAGGAGGGGCGUCCAGGCCCUAUUCCUGGCAUGCGACCUCCCAUGGGUGGUGCCGGUCAUGUGGUCCCAGCCCCCAAGACUGGUGGUACAAUGGGAAUAAUUAUGCCCAUGUAUACAAUUGGAAUUGUCAUCUUCUUUAUGUAUACCAUAAUGAAGGUCAUGUUUAAGAAGCCUAGUGAACACAGUUCAGGUUACGGAGAGUUUCAUCCAGACCCAGAAUUUCGUAAGAUUGUUUUUGCAGAAGAUUACACAACUAAAAAUGGUAACUGUGAAGAAAAGUUGAGGCCACUAAUAAAUAAUGAACCAGCACCUGCAUGGAAAGCACCUGAAGAAAAUGGAACUAGACUUGGAUGGAAAGAGAGGGAUACAAGGGAUCUAGAGAUUGAUCACCUGCGCAAGCGGCUUGAGGAGACAGAAGCAGCCAUGGAGAGGAUUGUAGCUCAGAUGGGUUCAGUUCCUCUUCCCUUGCAUUCCUCAUCAGGCAUGUGUUUGGGUUCAUUUCAUGCCAAGACAGCAGAAGACAUUCCAGAAGUCAAUAAUGUUGCAGCUUCUACAAAUGAAAAGUUGUUGGCAACAAGUCACAAGCCAGACACAUCCAAGGAGUCUUUAAAAAUAUCUGCAGAGGAGGAAACAGAACAACACAAGACUGAAGAAAAAGUUGACACUCACCAGUCCACUCCAGCUGUGGAACCAAGCAGUUAUGAAACUGAGGAGGAACCAGCAGAGACAAAGCCAAAGCAGAAGGUAGAAUUUUCAGCGGAUAUUGAGAGCCAGUCACAACCAUUACAGCAGCAGGGUCAGGUUGUUGUUGUAGGAAUGGAUGUGACAGCAAGUUGUGAAGGUGGAGGUCGUUGGUCCAGGCCUGGAACACCGGUGCCACCACCAGAUUUUGGAGUACUUCCUGGCUCAGUGUCACGGAGUCGGAGUGCUACUCCAGCACCUGUAGAAACUGAAACACGAUCCAUUAUGUUGGAAGGACAUUUACCAUCUCACUCACAGUUACUUGUGUCAGAUUCUGAGACACAUGCUGAACCAACUGGUGCCCCAGGUAGUGCAGGUGCUGAUCCUCCUGUUGUUCUAAGUGGAAAAGUGACACUUUCACUAAUCAGCCUUCAAGAAGCACUUGCUGCUGAGGAGGAACAGGAACAGCAGAAGCAAUCUGAGCAGCAGAAGCAAUCUGAGCAGGAGGAGGAGGAGGAGCAGCAGCAGCAGCAGCAGCAGCAGCAGCAACAACAACAACCAAAGAAUGAUGAUACUGUUCGGGCAGUAAGAGUUAAUGUGAUUGAAGCUGAAGAGGAAGAGGAAGAAGAAGAGGAGGAGGAGGAGGAGGAAGAAGAAGAAGAAGAAGAAGAGGAGGAGGAGGAAGAGGAGGCAGAGGCAGAAGAAGGGAAAGAUGACAGGGUAGAGGAAGUAGUGGUGCAACGGAAUGAAGAUCAAGUGGUAAGCGCAGAUACUGAACAGCUGGGAGAUCGGAUUGCCACAGAAAUCUCCAUGCAGCAACUUGUUAAUGAUGCACAUCCUGGGGGAGAUGAAACACCUACCACCACAAAUUAUACUACUGCAAGUGGAGCUGCUGAGGCUACAAACACAUCUGGUACUGAGGAGACUGCAGCAGAUAUGUCAGCUCUUGAAUCCUUCGGAGUUUAUGAUGAACAACAGGAAGAUGAGCAGGAUGUUAUGGAGAACCAAGGGGACAUUUGGAAUGGUGAUGUGCAUUCGGAGGAGGAUGAAGAGGAGGAGGAGGAAGAGGAAGCAAGUGAAGAUGAAGCAGAACUACAUCCCCAUCCAAAUGCACAGUAGUGUGACAGCUUCAAAUAAUGUGCACAAAAACAUAACUGUUUUUGUUUGUCAGUUAAAAUUCCAAGGACAAUUGGAAUCUCAAUUUUCUCACAUCUGAAAAUUGCAGGAGUAUUCUGUUUUGGAGGAACUUGAUUUUAUAUUGCUAUGAGUUGAUUACAAAAUUAAACAGUAGUCUUUUAGAAAAUUGUUUUACUUAUCUAGUCACUCAUUGGGCACAGUAGUGCACCAUUAUACACUACUUUCUGAUCCUGGACAAUAGUUUUGUUACCAUAGUCACUACAUUUCUACAAAAAGAUGUCUUGACUUCAUGGAAAAGGUGUAAGAAUCAGUUCAUUAGCAGUUUCACUCACAUAAUUUACAGAAAAUUAAUUUCAGCACAUCUCCUCAUAAUACAGUUUACUUUGUAAUAAUGCUAAUGCUGAAAUUAUAAUUAAAGGAAUAUUGUUAUCACAAAACAGUAUUCAAAUAAUUUUGAUUAUGUAAUUAAUUCUUUUUUUUAUAGGCUGAGGGCUGACUUCUUCAGUACAAUAAUGAAAAUACUUUGAAUGUCAUAUUGUAUUCUUUAGUGUAAGCCUUAAACUGUGCCAAAUUUUUUCAUAUUACCAGAAUUUUUAAACAUUAUAUUUAAAUUUUUCAUGUUGAUAAGUAGAGCUUUACAAUGAUUUACUGUGAUGUAUGUGGAUGGUGUUAAGAGAUUGCAUAAAAAUAUUUGUUAAAUAUAAUGAUGCUUCUAUAUAUGAAAAUGUUGCAAACUACUACGUAUUGUAAACAAAUUUAUUAUUUAUCUACAUGAAAUAAAUUAAUCGAAAAUUAA